AUGAAGAGCGAAACUAUUGUCGUUCUCGGUGCUGGGGUCAUUGGCCUUGAUGUCGCUUUGGCGCUCGCAGAAAAGGGUCUUGCAAAGUACACAACUAUCAUUGCUGAGCAUCUUCCAGGGGACACAUCUGUCAAUUACACCUCACCAUGGGCUGGCGCGAACUUCUCCGCCAUUUCCUCGAGCGAUCAGAAAGCUUUGCGCUGGGACAAAAUCGGCUACAAAUAUCUACUUCGCCUCGCUGCUCAAAAUGGGACUAGAGCGUUUGUUCAGAAGACUACUUCCACGGAGUACUGGGAUGAGAUGCCUUCUCAGGAAAAGCUGAACUCCAUGGCAGAUUAUCUCAAAGAUUUUUGCGUCAUCCCCAAGACGGAUUUACCUGAAGGGGUGGCAUUUGGUGUUAAAUUCACAACUGUGACACUGAAUGCGCCCAUGCACAUCCGUUAUCUUAUUGAGAAGCUUCGUCUUGACUAUGGUAUCCAAGUUCUUCGCAAAAAGAUUCCAGAUAUUCAGUCGGCGUUCUUAAGCCAAGAUACACAACUUGUUUUCAACUGCACAGGAAACGGUGCUCGAGUUCUGCCUGGUGUUGAAGAUUCCAAGUGUUUUCCCACCAGAGGACAGGUCGUACUAGCAAGAGCUGGGCAUGUUAAUCGCAAUAUAAUGCGACAUGGAAAAGACUACGAGACCUAUAUUAUUCCUCGGCCGGGCUCAAAUGGUAAUGUCAUACUGGGAGGCUUCAUGCAAAAAGGAGUUAGCACAGGUGAUACCUUCAAAGAGGAGACGGAAUCUAUUUUGUCACGAACGAAAGCAUUGCUUCCUGAUCUCAAUUCUCCAAUGACAGAGCCACUCGCCGUUUUUGCAGGGCUGCGCCCCUCGAGAGAGGGAGGUGCACGGGUUGCCAUGGAAGAGAUCGCCCUUAAUUUCGGGAAACGAAAAGGGGUAAUUGUUCAUAACUAUGGUGCUGGAGGAACCGGGUUCCAAGCUGGAUAUGGUAUGGCCAUUGAGGCUGUCCAAACCGCUGAAGGGGUUCUUCAGAGUAUUCUCUCUAGCUCCGAAAGAAGCCGGUCGCGUCUAUGA